AUUCAACAUGGCGGCUAGCAUGAGCAAAAUGUAGUGAAGUCUUUUAAUACUUUUUACCUUCGUUCUAAAUGAGAGUAUUGUCAAUAUUAAGGAAGUUUCAACUCCAGAGAACGUGUAAAUUAAUGGCAGCAUCCCUGAGUACGUCCAAACCUACAGCAAAUGUUUAUCUGCAAGUUGUCGGAACAGAAACUGGCGACACAAGUCCAUCGUUAUAUCUCUUUGCUGAAUCUCAGAGGUAUGCUGAUGUCUGAUGCUCAAAAUGAAUAUGAUAUUUAUUGUUUAUCUUAAUUUUUUCUCUCUCUAGGCAUUAAGUUACCUUAAAUAUCUAUUUUGACCUUAAAUUCGAAGUGACAUUUGAAAAAAAAAUAGGAUUUAUUGACUGGGUGGUCGAUGGAGGGAUUUGUUGUUAUUCGAUUGACUAAUAACUUGAUUGACUGAAUAACUGCAUGAUUGAUUCACUGGUUCACAUUGCUGUAUUGCUGUUAUGCACAGAUAUCUUUUCAACUGUGGAGAGGGAACUCAGAGAUUAUGCUUUGAACACAAACUAAAACUCUCAAGGGUGAACAACCUUUUCUUCACGCGGAUAUGUUGGGAGUACAUUGGAGGUCUGCCUGGAGUUGCAAUGACAGUGAGGGACUUUGGAAAAUCAGACAUUCGUCUUCAUGGACCCAGCACCUUGUCUCAUUUCAUUCAUGCCACAAGAUUUUUCUUGCAUCAUGAAAACCUGAAGUUUGAUUGUGUUGGAUUCACAGGAGCAGAUAAGGACAAGUAUGAAGACGAAAAUUUAACAAUAUGGCCAGUUCUUCUAAAUGGUUAGUACUAUUGUGUAUUUUUAUUUUGCAUUUGUCAUUUGUUCCUUCAAAGUGUGUACAUUUAAUUGCUUUCUUCUUAGUUUAUAUGCUAUUAAUUGAUUUGAUGCAAAUACAUGUUAACCAAGGCAGAAAAUAAGUUGAGCUUGCAAAGUUAACCCUUUAACCCUCAGAAGUGAUUGACAUGUAACUUCUCCCUAUUAUAUCCAUAUAUUAUUUGGCAAACAGGUAAUGAGAGUAUUCAAAUGUAUCAGGUAGAAGUUGUUACCUUGAUCUCACAACAAAUUCUUGUAACCAAUUUAAAAGGAAACGUGUAGCAGCAAGAGGGAAGAAUUAACAAUCAGAUCUUGGGAGUUAAAGGGUUAACCCUUUAUAUCCUUAUAUCAGUAUGCAUGUUCUCCAUACUUACGUCCUUACCUUUGCCAAGGUGCUGACAAUGAGAAUUUGUUUAACUAUCAAGAGCUGCUUUAAUAGGUGACAAUAUCCUUUAUUCACAUGGCCUUAAUAUUUGAUUUAGGGGUGAUAUUGGAAAGAGAAAUUAGAUCCUAAUCACUGUUUUUUAAGGGGUUAAGGGGUUUCUUGGGGUUGCUAAUAGAGACACAUAAAACUACUGUUUCAAGGCUCUCUCUUUCAAAAUACCCUGCAGAUGGUGCUUGGAAAUUAGCUGAUGAUUCUUCUCCUUCAAGUGGUGUGGAUGAUCUGCCAUCAGUUAAAAAAGCAAAGAUGGAUAGUCCUGAGACAUUAACUGCAGUCUGCUACAUCUGCCAGCUUUCCACUCUACCUGGGAAGCUUUUCCCCAAGAAAGCCAUUGAGCUUGGUGUACCAAAAGGACCCUUGUUCAGGGAUUUUGUUGCUGGAAAGAUUGUCACGCUAGAAGAUGGACGCAAGGUCGGUUUUAAAUCUCAAUUGGACAUUGUUUGUUCAACAGUACAAUAAAAGAAACACUAUUAUUUUCACUAAAGAAACUUUCAUUAAAUGUGGUACUAUAUAAUUAUCUAAGGAAAUGAAAUUUGUGGGUUAAUUUUUAUCACUCAUAGUCAACUUAAAUAUAACAGAGUAUGAUUUUUUAUACAUAACAAUUAAUUAUCUGAAGAUUUCUUGGCUAUCUGAUUCAAAUAUUAUCAACAUCACAAAUUUAUCCCUUUUUGUCUUGAUUGAGGGUAUGUUAAUGCAUUCCUACUCUUGUCAGAUUGCAGUCCAUUAAAGAUAUACAAGAUAUUCCAUUCCAUUUUUUUCCAGGUGCAUCCUGAGCAAGUCAUGGGACCUUCUCAGCCUGGCUCUGUUUUUCUCAUCAUUGAAUGUCCCACAGUGGCAUUUAUACCAUCAUUAGUCUCCAAUGAGCAGCUCAAAAAGUACUGGGAGGGAGGGCCAAACUUAACUCCUGUCAUUAUUGUACACUUGACACCAAUGGAUGUUUUCCAAAAUGAAGAAUAUAAAGAUUGGAUGAAAGGGUUGGUAGUGUUCAUUGUAGUUCCUGUAAUGAAUUUAUUUCCUAUUAGUUUAUGAAUAAAUGAUUUUGAACAAGAAGUAUGAAUGCCAAUAACCUUAGGAGAGUAGUCCUAAAAAGUCACACUGUUGUCAAAAUUAACCCUUUAACUCCCAAGAUCUGAUUGUUAAUUCUCUCCUCUAGCUGCUACACAUUUCCUUGUAAAUUAGUUAUGAGAACUUGGUGCUAGAUCAAGAUAGCAACUUCUAUCCAAUAAGUUUGAAUAUUCUCAUUACCUAUUUUCUGAAUAAUUUAUGGGUAUUGUAGGGAGAAGUUUUAUGUUAAUCACAUACCAACAUUUUAACAACUUGAGGUGAAGUCAUCAUUGGAGAAAUUAUAACUUUAAUGCAACUAACUGAAGAAGCGAGUCAUUUUCUCCAGUAACAUUUCUUUGACCCUUUAACUUCCAGAUCCAAUUUGUAAUUCUCCUUACUGUCAGCCAUUCAAUUCUUAUAAAGCUAGUUCAGAGAAUUUAGUAUUGGAUCAACUAAUUAUUCCCUAAGUGAUAUUUUUCUUUAUUCUCGUCUCUUAUCUGGUUGAUAUUGUAUUGAUAUUGUAAGGAGAAAUUCUGUCUUGGUCACUCAUGAGAGUUAAAGGGUUAAGGGGCUAUCCACACAGACCAAUGAUGCAAGACAGUUAUUCUUUUAUUUUUUGAUGGGCAGGACAGUUGUUAUGUGUAGCUCUUGUUUUAAACCAUGUGCUGUAAAUUUGUGGUGGGAAAUAUUGACAUAAUUUAAAUAUUAUAAAAAACCAGGUUUGGAGACAAGGUGUCCCAUUUGUUGAUUAACAAGCAUGUGUGUAUGGCACCCCUGGUGUUUCAGUCUCAAGGAACUGUUCAGUGUAAAUUACACACCAUUAAUCCAGAGAUUUUUCCCCUAUUGGAAACCAUGGACACACCUGUAAGUAUCAUUUAAUAGAAUAAUUUUUAGCAUAGAUUGGAUUGUAAAAUAUGGCAAACCCUGGAAUUAGUGCUGUGGAUGCAGCUCAGUGGGACUUCAAAUGGUUCAUGUCGAGAUAGUCAUAGGUAGUCAGGUGCUGAUGCUCACACAAAGUGUCUAUUAUGAUAGGUUCGAAUGUAUUAUUAUACAGUUUGUAACUGCUCACAUAUUUUUUUGCAGGAAAUAAAACAAGAUGCCUUACCAAGGAAUUGCUUUCCUGGGGAGAAUUUACUCAAGUUUUAUCUUCGAGAAGGUAAACAACAAGGGUUUGAUAGGUCUGAGGUACUACAAAAGUUAGAUGUGGACACAGUGAUGAAAGAAACUCAAGCACUCUUAAAUGAGCAAUCUCUAGAGUUGUUAUGUGAUAAAGGCUUUGAGAAAAGAAGUACUGAAGAGAAGGAAUCAUUAUCAGUAGCUGGUACUUCCAGAUCACUUCCGACUAGCAGCUCCUUGGUGGCAAAUGACUUAAUCAGAAGUCCUCCUACAAAUAGACUUGCAGAAAGUUGGUUUAGGAAUGUUCUCAGAGAUACCUUGGACGCUGUUGGAGUACCUCUAUCAGCCACUGAAAGAAGUGGUUUUACUUUGAGUGAAAUAACUCAAAUGAAAGCAAAGAAAAGUGCAUGGGAAAUGCAACACAAGGAUUAUGAGGUAGUUUUCUUGGGAACUGGGGCAUCUAUUCCAUCAAAAUACAGAAAUGUCAGCUCUACAUUGAUCAAUAUGAGGUAAGAAAAAUGAGAGUGGAAAUGAAGGAGAAGAUUAAAUAAUAUAGGAGCUUUGCCCCACCUGGUAAAAACAUUCAGACUAAAUAAUUCACUUUAAUUUGUGAUUUAUGAUCCACUGAAAUCUUCUUUAUCCUCAGACAUCCUGGUUUCUUUUGGUUUAUCCUUGCAUCUUUCCAGUUUGCCAACCUCAACAAAAUUAACUUUUUCCUUUUUUUUUUUUAAUUAAACUUUUUUUGAUUUUUUUCUGGGACAAUUUUCAUUAACCUUACAAGCAUUUGUAAAGAUGAUCAUGUACAUUAUAAAACCUCCUCUAUCCUUGAAUUGGUUCUUUUUCAUCACUAGACCACACAUCUCAAAUUAACAAAUAAUUUCCAAGUUGAUUUGUGCGCAUCUAGUAAACAAUGGAAAACAGCUGCUAUCCAAAUGUGUUACAAACAAAAAGUUGGCAAAGAAGCUGCAGUUGAUAGUGUCACUUGCACAUAAAACAUUUGUUUCUGUAUUUAAUUUCUUGAAAGUUUUAGUGAAUACAACAAGCAAAAGUGGCACAGAAACCAAGUCAUGUGCAAGUUUUGGGUUAUAAUGUGACAACCGUUCAAUUAUAUUUGUGAAUAGUGAGAGGGAUUCCAUACUCCUUGACUGUGGUGAAGGUACAUAUGGGCAGCUCUAUCGACAUUAUGGUAAAUAUGUGGACCAUGUACUGAGGCGACUCAAAUGUGUUUUCAUAUCUCACAUUCAUGCUGAUCAUCACUUGGUAAGAUAAUAAAGAUUUAUUUUGUUACAAUAACCUUGAAUGAUCUACCAGUCAUUUAAUAAGUCAUUUAACCCUUUAACUCCCAUGAGUGACCAUGACAGUAUUUCUCCUUACAAUAUCAAUACAAUAUCAAGUAGACAAGUGAUGAGAAUAAGGAAAAAAAAUGUCAAUUAGGGGAUUAUAAGUUGAUCCAAUACCAAAUUAUCCAAACUAACAUCAUACACAUUGUGUAACAGACAGUAAGAAGAGUUUCUAAUUAAGGUAUGGGGGUACAGCAAAAUACUGUUGACCUGCAUUGCCAGACACAGAUAAAAAAUGUAAUCAGGCUUCUCACAGAGAGCAAGAAAAAAUAUCCUUUUGUCAGUCAUUAGGUGUUUAUAUAUGCAGAAUUUUAUCAAUGGUAGCAUUAUGGAGGAAAAUGUCUGUGUAAUAUAUGUAAACAUCACUGUGCAUUUUUUCCCUUUUGUUGGAAACAUUUUAAUUUGUGAAGAGCACUUCCUAUAGUGAGAUUUGCAAAAAUGAAAUUAUCUUGAAAAUUAUAAUUAAAUGACAAUAAGGUUUAAGGGGUUUAUUUCAUUACAUACUUGUAUGUUUCCAAAGCUCAAAUGCAUGUUUUUGUUUUUUGUUAUUGCUUUGUUUGUUUAUUGUUUUCAAAUUUGUUUUAUUUAUACUAUAUUUUUAUUUUGGUCACUCUACCCCACAGGGUCUUAUUCGUAUUUUAAAGAAAAGAGAAACAGUAGAUAUGGUAAGGAUUUUCCCUUUAACUCCCAGAAGUGACUAACGUGUAAUUUAUCCCUAUGAUAUUCAUACAUUCUCUAGCAAAUGGUCAAUGAGAAUACUCAAACUUAUCAGGAAGAAGUUUUAAUCUUGAUCUUACACCAAAUUCUCAUAGGAAAUGUAUAGCAGCAAGAGGAGAGAAUUAACAAUCAGAUCUUGGGAAUCCAAAGGUUAAUAGUUCAGUUAAAUUUAUUGUAGGAGGGUGAUGUUCUGUUAAUCAUUGGUCCUGCCAAAAUAGGAAAAUGGUUGAAGGAGUACAACAGCUUCUGUGAGGACAUUGAGUACAGGUUUUUAAAAUUCUCCUCAUUUUGUUGUUGCAAUUAAUACCUAAUAUGUAGUGCAAUAUACAUAUGGAUAUGAUCUUUGUUUUAUUAUUAUUAAUAAUUAUGUAAUAAUCAUGUAGUUAUGAUUAUAAUACUUUUUUGUCUUUGCCUGCUGUUUAAUACCAAAUGUCACUCUCCACCCAAGUCUUUAAUUUAAUUCUUGAAAAAUAUUACUUAUCAGUUGCUCCUGUCAAGUCAAUAACACGGAAAGAAUCAUUGUUUAAUAUAAUUGUGUUAUUGACUGCUAAAAGUACAUUGAUCAGCAAAUUAAAAAAAAAACUUCAAAACAGAUGUAAAGCUACAAAACAUAUGACUAGACAAUCACAUAGCCAAAGGUGAUCAUGCUUUUCAUGAAACUGUUUCUUGCUAGGUUUGUGGACAGCAGGGACUUAACUGUAAAAGGCCUGUAUGAAGAUUACUGGUCUGUUACACAUCACUUAGAUGCAAAGGAGGUGAGUUUCAAAAGAUUUAUUAAUAGAUUAAUGUGAAAGUCAUCUCCUGGUCUCUAGCUUGAAGGAAUCCUGAAGAAAAAGUGGAUGCAGAACUGCAGACAAUAUAAUUAAUAAUAACAAAACAUGCUGUGCACUUGUGUGCUUACAGAAAACGAUAGUGGCCUAGAACUAUGUAUAAUUUGUGCAUUUAUUUUUCAGGUUUUAACAGUGCCUGUAGAUCACUGCCCACAGGCCUAUGGCUUGGUAUUGACACACAUACAAGGCUGGAAGAUUGUUUAUUCUGGUGAUACACGACCAUGCCUAGCACUGAUUAAGGCUGGUAAGUCAUUUGCAAGGGUGGUAAAAGGCACAAGGGAUGAAGAGAUGUAUCCAAAAAUAGAUGGUUCCUUUCUUGUACACUCGAGCUAGGUGGCUUGCUCCCCUCCAGGGCAACCAGUUUUCUUGGUGUGGGGCAGUUUCCUAUAGCUUUGGCAGCAAACCACCCUGAAAUUUAAUUCCAGUUGGUAAGGUUGUUCUAUCUUGCAGUACAGCCAGAGGUGUGAACCUUUUAGGUAAAACAUUCAGGGUUUAAACUAUACCAGUUUUUAUAGGCUGUCAGCAAAACAGGCUAGAUCAAUCCUAAAUUUUCUUUACUAGUCAGAAUAAUUCAAUGUUGUGGUGAUGAAUUCAGGUGCACAACAAUAAUUCAAAGUGUUAAUAUUUUGCAGGAACCGAUGCUGAUCUCCUCAUUCACGAAGCUACUCUUGAAGAUGAACUGAUAAAAGAAGCUCUAGAGAAAAAGCACAGGUUUGGUAAUGAUGAUUGGUCAGGGAACAAUGAAAUAAUUGAAGGAUUGCUCAACUUCAAACUAAUGAGAAAACUAUAAAUAUUAUCAGUCAGUCAGUAGUUUAAAAAGGACAAAUUUAAAACCACACAAAGAUUUUGCCCAAGUUUGACAUAAGACAGAGUGGGAGAGAGGAGAGAGGGGGAGGAGGGGGGUUUGUUUGUCAAAGGUAAAGAACAUGGGAAAGUAAAUCAAACACUUUUUUUCUCAAGGGAGAGAACAAUUGUGAUUUUUAAGUGCAUUGUUAUAUUGUUUGGAAAUAAAUUGUACAUCAAGCCAUCAACAAUGUAUGACUUAGAUUUUUUGUGAAUUAGAGAGUGAUGUCUCCUUUGCUCUAAGAUAUUAUGAAAAUCAGUAAUUCUUCAGUGAACUUUCCUUUUUUCAUCCUGAGUUGCUUGCUGUUGUUGUUUUUUUGUUAUUCUUCUUUCUUUUUGGUUGUUUGUUUGUUAAAUUUUUACUUGUUUUCUUUUCUGACCAGUACAACUACUGAGGCAAUCGAAAGUGGAAUGAAGAUGGGUGCAAAGUUUAUCAUAUUGAAUCACUUUAGUCAACGUUAUCCUAAAAUCCCAGUGUUCAGUGAACAAUUUACAAGGUGUACAGGCAUUGCAUUUGAUCACAUGAAGGUACAGUAAAAACUAUGGAUUAAUCAAGUAAGUUUUCCCAUGUUUACAGUGAUUGUCCAUUCUGCUUAAUUUCCCAGCCAGCCAGAUAUUAAUAGAAACAUACUUCUUUCUUGAUUGACUUUUUUGACAGGUUCACUCAAGCAAUUUUUCAAAACUGCCACAACUACUGGAACCACUCAAAACUGUGUUUGCAGAAGAAAUUGAUGGAAGGACAAAAAACAAACAAACAGAAGACCUUGAAUAACGAAAGAAAAAUUUUUUCUGCUAUAUUUCUUUGUUGUUCACAUUAACUUUACUAUAUUACUCUACACGUUUUCUCCUUUUAGCUAAGUUCACAAUGGUUCCAAAGCUUCUUACUGAUAAAAAUAUUACAUUUGUAUUUUUUGCCCUUUUCUAUAGAAAUUUUUCGUUAUUAAACUAACUUCCUUCCUUCUUUUUUGUAUUACAAACAGGUGUACUAAUUACAAAUUACAAACUUAGAAAACAUGGUACAAAAACUUCAUGCUUUACAUGAGUUAGUGGAUUUGUCUUUGAAAACAGUUAAAAAUGAUGGAAAAUAAACAAACUAUCUAAUAAAUACUACUUAACAAUACAUAUCUAAUAGCUGUCUGUGAGCGUAAAAGCAUCCUGAUGCAAAUCUACUCUGACUUGCAGAGUAUUUCUGCUGAGACCAGCGCUCAGGAUGGUUACAAACUAAAAUUUAAUGGUAAAAAAAAAGUACCAAUAGCUUUACUACACUUUUCAUUUGCAUGCAUUGAAAAAGCAAGCCUAAAUUUUUCAAAUAUAAUAAAAAAAAGAAAAACUAAAACUACAGCAAUUGAAAGAAAGUUGAAGUAAGUCUUCUUAGCCAAGUCUUAACAACAGCUCAAAAUGUUUGAGGGUUGAUUACUGUCACGCAUGUACAAAUAUUGGAUCGGAUGUUAAUGAUAUCUUAGGUUAACUGUAUGGUGUAUGUCUGGAAGAAGUUGUUUGAUAUGAAGCAAUGUAUGACACAUCUGAUGUACAGAAAAUAUUUGUUGGCUUUCCCACAAUCAAUACAUAAAACAUUAUUUCAUGGAAAUAAGUAUUUACAGCUUAAUGUACAUACUAAGCAUGCUAAUCUUGUGUAAUCAGAUAUCUCCUUCAUUAUUGAGAGGUGUGUUCUACUCAUGGAGAAGUAUGAGACCAAAGAAAAGUGCAUCUAAAGCUAAUCAAUGUAAAUUUACAUCUCAUUAAUAGGUCAUAGAAUUCAACAUCUGUUCUUUUAAGAGAACAAAAUGAAUUUUUCUUCAGUUCCCUACCUCACUCCACUUAUGGUACAAUAUUUUUCUAUCACCAG